AUGAAUACCACCACCACAACUACCAUUAUAACCACCACCAUUACUAACACCAUUACCAGCACUACUGUCAGCACCACCACCAUUACCAACACCAACACCACCAUUACCAACACCAUCACCACCAUCACCAUUACCACCAUCACCAUUACCAACACUAUCAUCACUACCACCAGUACCAACACCAUCAUCACCACCAAUACCACCGUCACCACUAUCACCAUUAACAAUACCACCAUUAACAACACCACUGUCACCACCAACACCAACACCACAAUCACCACCACCAUUACCAACAUCAACACCACAACCACCACCACCAUUACCAACAUCAACACCACAGUCACCACCAACACCAACACCACAAUCUUCAUCACCAUCAUAAGCACUACAGCUAACUCAGUGAAAUUCCCCUCUCCAUUCUCCCCUCUCAACCUGGUUGUGAUUUUUGCACCUAGGCUGUACACCUGCACAGCACAGGGCAUUUGGAAGAAUGAACAGAAGGGAGAGAAGAUUCCUCGGUGCUUGCCAGUGUGUGGGAAGCCCGUGCACCCCGUGGAACAGAGGCAGCGCAUCAUCGGAGGGCAAAAAGCCAAGAUGGGCAACUUCCCCUGGCAGGUGUUCACCAACAUCCAUGGGCGCGGGGGCGGAGCCCUGCUGGGGGACCGUUGGAUCCUCACGGCUGCCCACACCCUGUAUCCCAAGGAACACGAGGCGCAAAGCAACGCCUCCUUGGAUGUGUUCCUGGGCCACACAAAUGUGGAAGAGCUCAUGAAGCUGGCAAAUCACCCCAUCCGCAGGGUCAGCAUCCACCCGGACUACCGUCAGGAUGAGUCCCACAAUUUUGAGGGGGACAUCGCCCUGCUGGAGCUGGAAAAUAGUGUCACCCUGGGUCCCAACCUCCUCCCCAUCUGCCUCCCUGACAACGAGACCUUCUAUGACCUGGGCUUAAUGGGCUAUGUCAGUGGCUUUGGGGUCAUGGAGGAGAAGAUUGCUCAUGACCUCAGGUUUGUCCGUCUGCCCGUAGCUAAUCGAGGGGACUGUGAGACCUGGCUCCGGGGAAAGAACAGGAUGGAUGUGUUCUCUCAAAACAUGUUCUGUGCUGGGCACCCGUCUCUAAAGCAGGAUGCCUGCCAGGGGGAUAGUGGGGGCGUUUUUGCAGUAAGGGACCCCAACACUGAUCGCUGGGUGGCAACGGGCAUCGUGUCCUGGGGCAUCGGGUGCAGCAAGGGCUAUGGCUUCUACACCAAAGUGCUCAACUACGUGGAUUGGAUCAAGAAAGAGAUGGAGGAAGAGGACUGAGCCCAGAAUUCGCUAGGUCCAAAUCCAGAGAGCAGUGCGGAAAAAAAAAAAAAAAAAAAACUGACCAGUUGUUGAUAACCACUAAGAGUCUCUAUUAAAAUCACUGAUGCAGACAGUGUGGAAAUUCUCUUUCCUAUAGUCCCAUUGACAUACUUUACCUGAAACAACCCAAAGAGGCCCUUUCUUUCUUCCGAGGAUUGCAGAGGAUGUAGUUAUCAAUCUCUAGCUGUCACUUUCCUUUUCCACUUUUAUACCAUUGGGUCACUGAAUAUAACUUUUUCCAAAUAAAAUUUCAUGAGAAAUGCCAGCGUGCAAAA